GCGUCCCAGAACCAUGUGGCUCUUGAGUCGUCGUCCUGGCCUCCCCGGUGUUCCCUCUCGUCUUCUACACAAACUCCUUUGAAAGAACUGAUUCUGUGGGGCCGGGGAGUGGUGGAGAACGACGAUGCAUCCCAAUCCCCUCCUCAAGCGACUGCUUCAACUGAUAUGCAGACAACGCCACCGCUUGCUGCAAGUUCGUCCGCAGCACCGAUGGACAUUGACAACAUGAGUUCGUUUGGACAGGUGCAACGUUGGCAGGCUUUGAAUGCUUGCCUUGGAGUCACCACAGAUUUGACUCCCGCAGCAGCUUUGCCCAACACACGUGAUCAACGCAACAAACUCAUGGAGCUAUUGCAUGGCGCGCAUGCUGCUGAGGCCAGUCCAAGCAAAGAGGCGCAAGAAAAUGGUGCAGAUAUUCUUGCGAGGCUGGAGCUGACAACUUCUCAAGAAGGUGUACGGGAUUUCGAGGAAGUUGGAGCGAAAUUGCUCAGGACCAUGAUCAACGAGAUCACGAGUAAGGAACAGAUCGCACGACUUCAGGAUGCGCUCGCACAAGCUCAGUCAGCAGCCGCCCGUCCAGCUCCGGCAGAAGCCGCUGCCCGACCUCGAGCUGAACUUUCGGCAAACCAAGUUGCUGAUCUCGAAGCUUCCCUCGCCUCCGCGCCGGCUCUUCCUGUCGGUGCUGAUCCCAUCCAAUCUCGUUUUGACGCUUUGAUGCGUGCUCGAGUCCUCAAGCGCGCCCCUUGCAAUUUCACACCGAUCCUGCUGCCGAAUGAAAAUCAGUAUCAGGAUGAAGGCAUUCUUUCUAUGUUGAAGGACCACUACAAGCAAGUUUUCACCGAACCUCCUGGUAAUCCCAAGAGGUUUCCACUGGGAAUCGUGGCUGGUAUUCCUGGAAUCGGCAAAACCCGUGCCUCCCUCGAGUAUGUCAGGCACGCUGUUCAAAUGACUCAAGCAAGCGGCCAUGCCACAACAGUUGUCCCGAUUUACGUGACCUACAACAGCACCACCCCUUUUGGCAGUUUGGAUCGUGUACUGGGUGCUGGACUGAGCAUUGCGUACCGCGUCCUGCUUUCUUACAUCAACGAAGAUAAUUUUUGGAACCUCCCUAAGGUGCAAGAGGUGGCCGCUGCAAUUGGAAGAGUCACGCUGUCGGAAGUUUUAGGCAUCAUCGCGAUGCAUGCCAUGCAGUACCCGCCCAAUCUUGUUCAACUUCAGGUCGCUGCUGCAGGGUCCUCGUCCAGCUCGAGUUCCAGCUCGCCCGCUCUAACUACCGCCAACCCGCCCCGAGUGAUGUUUGUGCUGAUUCUGGACGAGUUUCAAAGAGCCCUGAUCCACGAGGGUGUCGCUCCAGAGCCGAGGCAUCCUGUCUCAAACAAAAUCGACAGUCCUUUUCUCCAGUCCAUCGUCCAAGCCAUGGUCACCUGUUCAAUCCGGUCUAUUUCACCGCAAACGUGGCAUUGUACAGCCCUUUUUGCCGGCUUGACCUUCGUGCCCCUGGAGGAGCUCAUCCGCGGCUCGUCGCAUUCGCUUACGCGCUUUCCAGUUCCGUGCUUGACUUUCGGACAGUCGGUGGCUUAUGUGAAGUAUUACAUGGAGACUCAGCGACCCACAUCUUGGCCGCAAGACUUCGAUAUCACUCAAGAUGCUGUUUUCCAACGCGUGUUGAUGUACGCGUCCGGUCACGCCCGGAGCCUGGAGGCAAUCUGCGCUACUUUGUCCACAAAUGCUUUUGUGACCUAUGUUGCGUCGUCCAACUCCAAAUCGCUCAACGCAAGCGAUGCUGAGCUGUUCGUCAAGGCGAUCGGGUCGGCCCUCGAGAACCGUGUGAGCUCACUCAACAUGCAGCAAAUUGAAUCCACCUUGGUUUCUGCGUUGAGGUGUGCAGUACUCGUCAAUCCGGUCGUCAAAGAUGAUUCCGGUCAUAACUUGGUCGAGGCGAACUCGCUUGGCACCAUCGUCGAGUCUCGGCUCGUCCUUCCAAUGCUCAUUGGCUAUGCGUUGGUUUCGCGGCUGGAGCGACUCUAUGCGCAGCAAGCCCCAUCUCAACCUCUCCCACGUCACUGGAAAGCGCUGAAGACGUUGCUUGACAAGUCGGUACCAGGGGAGCAGUACUCCUUGUCACUUGAGUCAGCCUGUGCAGCCGCCCUUGCUCUUCGCUUGUACUCGUUUGCACUCGAGUACGGGAGUGAUGUCAUCCGUCUUAAACAGCUGCACCAAGGAGCGCGAUUCGCCGACAACUCUUCGAUCGCUCAUCUCGAGAUCCCGAAGCCUGAUCCCAGCUCCAUCGAGCUGUGCGAUCGUGGUGGCAAGUUGGGUCCAUUCUUGCCGAAUUGCCGUUUACCCGGCACAGUGUAUCACGGCAUGAUCAACAAUGCAGCGGUUGACUUUUACACGUUUCACGAGAAAUUGCCUGAUCAAGACUUUCAAGUUGUGCAAGCUGGCGACGCGAAGCUGUACGAGUCAACGGUCUACAGCAAGACCGAACAGGCAACGCUGGUAGAAAAUUCAUCCAAGGCGCUUAAUUCGGCAGAUCAAGACCAAUCAGAUGCUUCUGAUGCCAAGUCGAAGUACAAACUGGCCUUGAGUGUUUUUGCAGAUGGGCGGGUUUCCAUUGCCCCUGAAUCCCUCGCCGAGAAUGUGUUUUUCGUCGACCAAAGCAACUUCCGCAAAUAUUUCCCUCCUCUGUUGUGGCCCAUGUUUGAGCAAAAGGCGGCGCAGGCGGCAGCCACGACGAUGCUUGGGGCCGAUGGCUCCAAAACCAAGAAAGCCAGUGGCAGCCAGAAGCAGCCGGCUCGCAGCAAGCGGACGAACAAGUAG